AUUUUUCAGUCAGUGCUGAGCUGAUGUUUCAACAUUACGUGCGGAAGUGUUUUGUACUUUGGGAGCUUGUUGUGUGGAAAAUUUCGACUGGUGACUGCAGGAAAACCGCCCAAAUAUACUUAUAGAAGUGUCGAAAAAUCCAAUAUUGUGAAAUUCCUAGCGUUGGACGCCUAGGAAUACAUUCCUGCCGUAAAAUAACGCCGAAAGCAGCUGUCCUUCCUGUCGAAUCCCAUUUGUGAUGAAGAUUUACGCCGAAAAUGCUCUGAAGAUGGAAAAAAAUGUGCUGCUGCUGAUCUUUGGCGAAGGACAGAAGACAGACCUGCUUGAGCAAUUCUAUUUCACCACGGAGACAACGAGCAAGGCCAAUACGUCCUGACGGGAUUACGCGUAAACACGGCCAGAUUGCACAAUAAAGGCUAAGGAUCCUGCUUGUGGUAGUCCGAGAAAAAGGGAAACUAUGCCAGAGUUGCGUCAGACAUCGAAAAUAAUUUGUGGCAUUCGUGAAAAGGCAACCAUUUACUGAAGAGCGGAGAACGAAUACAAGGCGUCAUUGGGACGAAAACCUUUUAUUCUCGUUGAUUUAUUUUGCUGAUUUGUUGGAUGUCUAGUGUUUGAAGGGGAUAGGUUUAGAUUACAUGGCUUUAUAAGUUGGUCGACAGACCUCAAGUAACGAUCAUGGAAUAUUCUAGUAACGACGUGAAGCAGCUGUUCAGGUCCGUGUACACCCUGGUCAAACAACAGGAUGAGCGUAAAAGUACCCUCACCGUUGCAGAUCUUAUGGCUAAUGAAUUUCUCGAAGGGCACCGGCAGCUGGUUGGCCGUUGCGUUUCAUUGAUGUUCGAAGAUUACGAAACGGUGGGCAAGAAGGCACGAGAAAUCUUAUGGCGAAAAGGCUAUUACGAUUUGAUUGCCAUCUUCAAGAAACAUCAUCAACAGCUGCAGCAGCAGUGGCAUAAUAAUGCGGCUGAUGCCGAAGAAAUGGCGAAACAGGAGCAACGGCUGAAACAAGGCGCCGAAAGAUUGCUGCUGGACGGAAUUAAUCACCUGAAAGUGAUUGUGCUGCGGUUGGCGCAAAUUUUCAAUUUAGACAAUAUGAAACACUUGGUCAGCUACGGACUACUGGAGAACUAUGACGAUGACCUUUUGGUGCAAGAAUCGGGGUGUUAUGAGAACUUGAAGCUGGACGAGGAGAGAAGCGAGGAGGACAGAAAAGUGAUUUACACUAAACAGGAAGUGUCGUUUGCAUUGGAGUCUAUUCAUUCUUUGCUUACUGCGUUGGGUGAUCUGCAUCGGUACUACUGCGAAUUUGGACUUGUGGGGCUCACCACGGAAGAGAACAUCAAGGAUGUAACGGCCAAAUACUACUGGGAAGCAUUCAAGUUGAACACGAAGAUCGGAAUUACACAGAAUCAGCUAGGAACGCUGUUCAACGGAAGGAACUAUAACCUGGAUUCGGUGUAUCACUACUUGUAUUCAUUGUGCUGCCUAGUACCAUUCGAUUGUAGUGAUCUAAACGUAAACAGAAUUUUUCAGAAAAAUAUUCGAUUUCUAGAAUGUACGGGAGAAGGCGCUUCCACAGAAGAAGACCAUGCAAUCCGCGAGUUUGUGGCUAAAUUCUUGCUUGUGGUCGAUGUGUUCUUCUAUGAUAAAAGUGUGACCGACUUCACUAGUUUGUGCCAUUCGGUAUUGAUAGAUUUCAAAAAUGUGCUGGGAGCACGUCGCCUGGCUGAUGACGAAUAUUUCAUAACGGAUGAUUUUAUUUUCAAGCUCGUUUCGAUUUUGUUCUUCUGCAUGUAUAAGGCGCAGAUCAAUAGUUCUGAUAAAAUUUACAGUCUGAAUGCGUUCAUGGUAGCAUUGUGUUGCGAGCUCAUGGAAUACUGUACAAUGGCGGUUGAGAAGUUCAGGGUUGAAAAUGUGCGCGAAGACAAAAAGUUCCGGGAGCUCUACACGGCGAUGUAUCAAAAGUACGAUGAACAGGUUCGCAAAUCCCGUCAAUCAAUCACUAAGGAGAAUGCGGAGGCUUUCGUCAAAGACCAAAAGUCUUCUUCCGGCGUGGAAGAAAGCAAUGGAAGUGACGAACAUUCGAAUAAAGAAAACGAAGAUCAUGAUGUUAAGAGUGAAACGAGCUCAAAGCAUGUUACUUCUAGGAAGAAACACGCCCGGCGUCGGCGUAAAGCAUUGUCUAAUGAAUCCGAUUCGGAACUUUCUGAUGGGGAAUAUGACAGCGAUUUUCAACUGGACACGGAAUCCGAAGAUGACGCAAGUUCUAUUUCAAGUUUUGAUUCCUACGAUGAUUUCUCUGACGAGGAAGACGAUAUCGAGGACAAACUUGAGCCGAAAGAACCCGCCAAGUCUGCUCCACCGAAAGAAACUGAAGACGAACACAUUUUUGAUCUGGGAACUGACAACAAUGAUGAUCCACAAGUUCAGCUCAAGUUCAAGAAACGCUAUCACAAGCUGAACCCGAACAUUAUCAUUAACUUCGCAGAACAAGAACGCACAAUGCGUUCGUUAAUGCUGCUGUUCGACUGGUUACAUACCAACAUUGACAUAUUGAUCGGAUGCUACCAAUCAAACCCGGAAUUCAUACAUAAUAUUAUGAAGCUUCUGAAUCACUUUAAUAUCGACAUAUUCUCUAAUCGGUACUAUUUCCCACGUCAAUUGAUCACGAUUGACAACAUCCGCGAUGACUUCCGUUCGUUGUUUGAAAUUCGUCGAACCAUACCACUUCAGGAAGACAUGCACAUGAAACAUUUCCCACUGUUCGAAGACAACCAGGAAAGCUUGGACUGGGAAGCAAACUAUCGUCUGAACGUUAGUCUUUCAGAGAUGAGCUUCUUGCGGCUCAUGAAAAUGGUCGAUUUCGGCUUCGCACUCUGUAAAUCUAAGAAGUUCGAGUACUCUUUCUGUCCGAAAUCGCGUGAUUUUAGCCUUAAAAGUAAGAAAGUACAGAAACAACGGCAACGCAAGAAGGAGGAUCAGGUCAAACGCAUUGGAAAGGACAAUAAUCGCCGCACCCGCCGUCGUGAUCAACAGCAGCAGCUACAGGAAAAGUCACGUUCACGUAGAACCAAUGACGAUCGCGGAGAGGUGAAACCACGUCGGAAUCGAGAUCGCAAUCGACAAAAUAAUCAGCGCAUUCGAGCGACCUGUUCGGGUUCAGGCAGGGAAGGACAACGCUCGAGUCAAGAAGCGGAUGGCGGAAAGGUUGUUCCCGCUAUUAUAACCAAAAAAGGUUACUUGAAGAACAAAACCAACAAUAGAGAUGGACAACAGAGCAAGCGGGACUCCGACAACACCGGAGAUGAGGGACAACAGGAGAAAAAUAUUAACGAGUUGAUGGGACAACUGUGGCUGAGAAAUGAGGUGAAAACUUUGGAGUCUAAGGUCAAAAAAGUAGUGAACAUAACAAUGACACCGUAUUUGAUGCUGGAUUCAAAAUGCUUGACCGAACACACGUCGAUUGUUAAAAAUCUGGUCAAAACGAAAAAGUUUGUCAUAUUGAUUCCAACGGCAGUUUUAUCAGAUCUGGAUGAAUUGAAAAAGCACAGCGACGGAGCACGCAACGCUAUUAAAUGGCUUGAAUACGAAUUCAGCAAAGGGAACCGAUUCCUUCGUUCCCAGAAGAACUACGAAAUGCUACCGAUGCCCUUGUUCAAGAUUCCUAAAAAAUUAGAUCGCGAGGCAACUGUAUUCUAUCAAAUCGUUCAGUUCUGCAAUCACAUCGUUACGAACAAUGCCGACAAGGAGCCCGCGGACAUCAUUACCUACCUGUCGGGAGACUCACUGCAUGACCGGAAGCUGCACAACUUCAGCUACAUCGGUAUGCUCGAGGCGAUCCCGGUCAAAUUCGAACAGAUUGUAACCUUCUACUCCAGCUAUAAAAGGAAAUGAGCACCCGUCCAGCAAUUGAAGUAAAGAAUCGCGCGGAUUAACACACAACUAAGGAACCCCGUUCCCGAAUCAUCCUCAUUUCCCAUCACGGCGAGAGUGGCUGUCGAUGGAAGGAGGGCAAGGAAUACUGUAGGAUUCGGUGGUUGCUUUCUAUAAGAUAGAUCAACAACAGAAGCGGGCAGGAGCAAGCAGCAAACAGUUUUAUCGCGAGGAAAAAUCUUCAAUCAAACCACAAAACAAAAUAGUCCUUCGGUGUUACUUGUGUUUUGCAUUAGUGGUGCAAUGUUGCAAAAGACGGACCUGAUCUACCAGCGUCAGAGUAAAGCAACACUCUGCUAACGUGAACAUUUAUCAAGUUCUGAAGGAUUUUGAAUAUUGUUGGUUGAUAUUUCUGAUGCAGCAAAAAUAGACCAGCAUUACAUCUAUACAGUCAUCUUUUUAUCAAAUGAGAAUUGCAAAACUAGAUUCCAUUGCCUUGGCGGUAUGAAAUCAGAGCUAGCAAGAAAUGCAAACACUAUUUAGUUCAAGUUAUAUUUUAUUGGCUACAAAUAAAAUCUCUGUCUCAAUAUACAACUUACGGCUAAGAGCCUUCAAGACCUUUUCUCACUCUUAGGUGUUGGUAGUGAGCAUAGCCUGAAGAAAUGUUGUUUACCAAAAUGGACUUGAGACCUUUGAUCAUCUUUUGAAUCAGAAAUAAUCCAUCAAAUAUGGUACCAAUAUUAUUAAGGCUUAUUCUACAAUAAGAGCAAUAAAGUAAAGCGUUUCAGAUGAAGCUAGAGUUUUGAUAAGUAGGCUAUUCAGACUACGAGCUAUAACAAAUUAUAUAAGUAACAUAAAGUCUAUGUUCAUACAACUGGGUAUAUGAUGUUACAUAUCAAGAUUCAAGAUACAUUUUUUGAUAAAGCUCGUCUGAAUAGGCUUCUAUUUGAUUCACACGAUCAUCUAGCAGAAGAAAAGGCGUCUCUAGUUGCUAGGAGUAGAAUAAGCCUAUGAAUAUGUUUGGUUAGUAUCAUAAUGUACAUCAUACCGUCUAUUUGAACGCAAUAGUACAACAAAGCUUAAGAUGAUUUCGACCUUACAAUUUUACAUAUUUUAACGGAUGAUAAAUAACGACAUUAAGUUAUCCUAUUUCGUCCCUUGAAAUCCCGUGAAAUACGCCCUUUAGGAAGAAUAUCUUUUUGGACAGGACUCCUUUGCCGUCUUCAUCGAUUAUUUAACUCAGCCGCAUUCCAACAGAACUACUUGAUUUUCAUCAUUGUUAGUACUUAUCUAUUGAUUUUUAGUGAUGAAAACAAAUAAACCAGUUGAUCGAAACACGCGACCAUAUAUGGAGACGAGAAUAAGGGGUGCUGCCUAAAUAGGUCUCUUUCCUAGUUGUGGAAACUGUGGGGUAAAAAUACGUUGAAGCACAGUUGAUAAUAUGCUAGUUUCUAUUCCAUACCUACAUCAAGAGCAAAAUCAUCCAGAAGUCAUGCAAAACAUUUUAUUUUCAUUUUGUUCCCACUAUAAUAAAAGAACAUUUGAUGGUGUAUCUUAUGCAGAGAAAUAAAUAAUCUUACUUUCGUUUAUGCUUUCUCAAA